CGAACGUCACCGUCGCGGUCGCAGCCGACAGCGAAUCGCAUGCCUCAACAGCCGAUGGAACAUCCACACGUCUCCACGCUGAAGCGCGUCUUCUCGCAUGCUCAAUCAUAGUACCGGAACGCGUCGCGCAGUCGUGGAUGCCAAAAUGCGGCGGCUUCGCUCUGGUUUGGAUGCAUCCUCUACACUCAGUUCUCCUCUUUACUUGCUUCCUUCCUGAGAUCCAUACAAAAUGCCUUCCACAAACGGCACCAACGGCACCACAACAUACUCCUUCCCACCAGGAAUUCAUGUCCCCUCUUUGACUUGGUUCAAGAAUGACUCCAAACAAGAAAUCGACUGGGACGUCCAAGAGAAGCACUUCGAGUUCUUGAUUUCGAAUGGUCUUCACGGCAUCGUCAUCGCAGGAACAAAUGGCGAAGCGGCAACAUUAUCAUCCACUGAGAAGACCCAACUCGUCCAAAAAGCACGCAAAACUGCACAACGACUUGGCCGUGGAGAACUUCCCAUCACGAUUGGAGGUGUAGCAGGCUGCACGCGCGAUGCCAUACAACAAACCAUUGAGGCAAAGGAGGCAGGCGCAUCAUAUUACCUCGCACUGGUGCCAUCCUACUUCCACUUCUCCAUGAACCAGGAUGCAAUCGUAGCCUAUUUCCAGGAAUUGGCCGACGCAUCACCUGUCCCCAUCGUUCUGUACAACUUCCCCAAUGUCGUGGCUGGUCUCGACAUCAACUCCGAGAUGCUAGACAUCCUUGGCAAACACCAGAACAUCGUAGCCGUCAAGCUCACGUGCGGAGGAAUUGCAAAGGUUGCAAGAAUCAGUGCGGCAUUCAGCAAGUCGGACUUCGUUGCUCUUGCGGGUCAAAGUGACUGGCUCAUACCAGCUCUGAGCGUUGGCGGAGUUGGCACAAUUACUGGUGUCGCAAACUUGUAUCCCAAGUCCUGUCUACACAUGUUCGACCUCUACCAAUCAGGCAAGCACGACGAAGCGUCAGCCCUCCAGAUCAAACUAUCAGUCACCGAAUGGGGUUUCGGCAAGGGUGGUAUCAACGGCACAAAGUAUGUCGUUGCGCAUAAGCGAGGAUACCCAGAGACCAGCGCAGACUGUCGAAGGCCUUAUCCACGAUACACAGAUGAGGAGAAGAGGAAAUGGGUUGUGAACCAGGUAUCAGGUCUUGAUGAGCUCGAAGCAUCGUUGUAA